UUUAUAAGCUAAACAAACACAUAAAAAUAUUCUGUGGUUUUGACAUGUAUUUGGGGAUGAUGGCAGGUCAUCAUAUGGGUUGGGGUAUAAUAGAAGAAGAGGGUUGGAGAAAGGGACCUUGGACUGCUGAGGAAGAUGGGUUGCUUACUGAGUAUGUAAAGCUUCAUGGUGAAGGAAGAUGGAACUCUGUGGCUAGGCUUGCAGGACUGAAAAGGAAUGGAAAGAGUUGCAGAUUGAGAUGGGUGAAUUACUUGAGGCCAGAACUUAAGAGGGGGCAAAUAACUCCACAUGAAGAGAGCAUAAUUCUAGAGCUACAUGCUAGAUGGGGGAAUAGGUGGUCAACAAUUGCAAGAAGCUUGCCUGGAAGGACUGACAAUGAGAUCAAGAACUACUGGAGAACCCAUUUCAAGAAAAAGGCAAAAGUGCCUUCCGAUGCCUCCGAAAAGGCGAAAAAUCGCUUCUUGAGGAGGAAGCAAUUUCACAAUCAGCAACAUCAGCAGCAACAACAACAUUUACAAGUGAAUCAAGAAGAAGUGAAAAGAAUCUUGGCCUUGCUGGAUGAAAAUAAUGACACUAAAAUGCCAUGCUUCUGGCCUCAAGUUAAGCAAGGCAUGGAGACUAUAAGUACAUAUCCUCAUCACACAACUGAUCAUCAGGAGCAAGGCUUCAACUAUUCCAUGCUCAAUGGAAAUGUGUCUGUGCCUGAAGCCUCCAAUAAUGAGGACAAUUUUCUGUGGGAUGGUUUGUGGAACUUGAAUGAUGUCCAUGGCAAUUUUAGCUCAACAUGUGCAACAGGAAAAGCUAGCUAGUUUGCACAAUUUGUGUGUUCCCUUAUGUUAAAUCUGAGCAAUCUUUGGUUUUGCAGGUGUAAUAUUAAUAGCUAGAGUUCUUUAGUGUCAUCAAAAUGUCACUAGCUUAAAGUAUGGAGUUGCAAAUUUUCAUAAAAGGCUAAACUUUCUGCCUUUUA